AUUUUUUCAGUGCGAAUGUUAUUCACUUAAACACUUUAGUACGUAGAAGUUUACAUAAAAUUAAUUUCAUAACUCUUCAGAUAAUCUACUGCAAGGGGAAAGUGUACCUCUUAAAAAAGGCCAGAUUUUGGUUGGGAGUAAUGUCAAAGCAAGACAGUAAUCCACUUGACACAAACCAUCUUGUGUCUAUUUUUAAAUGUUAGAGUGAACUAACACGCUUUUUUUUUUUUUUUUGGUUUGAAAGAUGAGUCCUCAAGGGUUAACAUGUGGAAGGUAUUAUGGAGUUAGGAGAUAAGGGCUUUAUGAAAGGUGAUGAGACAGGCAGAUCUGUGCGUGCAAGUGUCUGUACCACAGGGCUUAGACGUUCAUGCUAUUGUCUGGCCAAAGCCCCAAGCUGGAUUCUGUGGACACUUUCUCUGCUUGAAUCCUUCAAGACACAAUUCUCUAGGAUCCUGAGUCCCCUGGAUUUUGAUGUCUGGUUAUCCAGUCUACUUCCUCCUGUCUCCUUCAUUGGCAUUCUGUCUAUUUGGAGAGAAGCACUCAAACCCUGAACCAGAAUAGUUUUGUUUUUUUUUUGCACAAUUAAUUGCAUUUUAUAUCUAAUCAAUUCCAACCGUUGAUUUGACACCAUGGAUAUUGGUGGUCUUACAACAGUGGUAGCCAAUUCGGCAUACAUCUCAGCUCGUGGAAGCUUUGAUGGCUCAGCAAACCCAGCAGCGAAUCGAGACAAGAAGUACCAUGCCAAGCUGAAACUGCCUCACAUCACAGUAUGUGAGGGCCUCAGAGAGACACUGGACCUCCAGUUCAACAACAUCUGUGUCGAGCAACCCAUUGGUAAGCGCCUGUUCCAGGAAUACCUAGAAACUACUAACGAGUACAAGGGUCCAUCUCGCCUGUGGAAGGAUGUGGAGGAAUAUGACACCGCUGAAGACAAGGACCGUGUCAGUAAGGCUGCCAAGAUCCUACAACGCUACAUGGACCCUGCAGCGAAGUACUUCGUUCCCUUUCUGCCUGAAAACGACAUCACCAAGGUGAAAGAGCGGCAUGAGAACGCUUCAGAUGACUUAUUUGUUAACAUUCUAGCCUGCGUUCUUGAUUUCCUAAGGGAGGUCCCAUAUACCUUCUACCUGGAGACCAUGUACUUCAAGAGAUUUCUACAAUGGAAGUGGCUGGAGAUGGAGCCCCUCGGCGAGGACUGGUUCCUGGACUUCCGUGUGCUUGGCAAGGGUGGCUUUGGCGAGGUGUUCGCCUGCCAGAUGAGGGCCACGGGAAAGAUGUAUGCUUGCAAGAAGUUGAAUAAAAAAAGGCUUAAGAAAAGGAAAGGCUAUGAGGGUGCCAUGGUGGAGAAAAGGAUUCUGGCUCGUGUUCAUAGUAGAUUCAUUGUUUCCCUGGCCUACGCUUUCCAGACCAAAACGGAACUUUGUCUGGUCAUGACCAUCAUGAAUGGAGGAGACCUGAGGUACCACAUUUAUAAUGUAGAUGAGAAUAAUCCAGGCUUUGAUGAGCCUAGGACAUGCUAUUAUGCAGCUCAGAUUAUUCAAGGGUUGGAGCACCUUCAUAAGAAGAGAAUCAUCUACAGAGACCUGAAGCCAGAAAAUGUUCUUCUUGACAAUGAAGGUAAUGUGCGUAUCUCUGACCUUGGAUUGGCUGUGGAGUUAGCAGACGGCCAGGAGAAGACUAAAGGCUACGCUGGGACUCCGGGAUUCAUGGCCCCUGAGCUGCUGAAAGGAGAAGAGUAUGACUACUCUGUAGAUUAUUUUACUCUUGGAGUCACUAUCUAUGAGUUCAUUGCUGCCAAAGGCCCCUUCAGGUCUCGAGGGGAGAAGGUGGAGAACAAAGAGUUGAAGAAGCGUGUCCUGAAUGAUCCAGUAACCUACACAGAGAAGUUCAGUGAGAAUGCAAAGUCCAUAUGUGAAGCCUUGCUAGCCAAGGAAGUGGACAAGAGGAUUGGCUUUAAGAAUGGGUCUUGCGAGGAGUUGCGUGCACACCCUUUCUUCAGCAACCUAAACUGGAGGAAGUUGGAUGCAGGGAUUUUGCCACCUCCAUUUGUCCCUGAUUCGAAGACUGUGUAUGCCAAGGACCUUGAUGAUGUGGGCGCUUUCUCUACUGUGAAAGGGAUCAACCUGGAAGAUGUGGAUAAGGAGUUUUUUGAUGAGUUCGCGUCUGGAAAUAUCUCCAUACCCUGGCAGGAGGAGAUGAUUGAGACAGGAAUCUUUGGCGAGUUAAAUGUGUGGGGUCGUGGCGGCACACUGCCCAAUGAUCUACGACGGGAGUCUAUCCUGGAGCAGCCUCCGAAGUCUUCCACUUGUACCAUAUCAUAAACGUUUACCGUAAAAAGAGAACUUUUCCCCCUUUCCUUAUUGCUCUCUGAUUGGGUUGAUGCUUGGACAUAAAGAGAUUCAGGAAUGACCAGCAGGAUGAAGUUAUUUUAUGUUAUCAAGUAAAAAUGGACUGCAGAGCAGCAUUUAAAAAGCAUUAACUUAUUAAUACAAGCUUCGAACAGAUGAAAGAAAAGAAUUGGUGGUUUACAUUGAUGAGUAAAUUUUUGCCAUAGCGCUGUUGAAUUUUUUAUUCUGUUUGGUGACAGUUUCAGUUCAAGGCAAUUUUCAGGUUCUAUUUCAGCCCCACCAGGGGCAGUAUCUAACACUUAGAUAUCCUCUUGUACACAUGCUCACAUAUACAGUACCUUCGACAAGUGAUGUAGCAUUUGCAUGUUUUACUCAAUGUAUUUUCUUGUUUAGAAAACAAAUGCGUCUUCUGUCCUAUUUUAGCCCGAUUGGUUCCUGUAAGUCCUUUCUUUUUGGAUGGACGAAUGUUGUUCAUUGCAUGUAGCCAAACGACUGGUCAGUAGAACUUCCAUCACAUGAUGUCACAUACAUCACAGCAUUACACUCGUCACCAGUAUGCUACUCUACAUGGCAACCCAGUUUUUUAUUUUAUUUUCUGCUUGCAUUGUCAACUGCAGCCAAAGCAGUUGUCCCUUAUGGGGAUGUUGGAACUGAGGAGUUGUCAGAAGACGGGGUAUGUGGCUGAAUCCCUGGCUCUAUUAAAAAAGAUGCAUUUUUCCAUCAGUGAAAUUGUGAAGCCUUUCAGAUAAAAGUCAUAUGCCUGGAGAUAGGUUCUCCAUCUGACUGAGAUGGUCACCAUGGACCAGUGUGGUAUCACAUGAGGCAUAUGAAUCCUCAGUAUGAAGUCAGAACACAUUAACCUGCUGAUUCUUGCAUCCUUGUAAAUUGUUCUGUGACACCGUGUACUUGCACAAUGCAGCGUAUCAGGACAAUAGUGCAGAAAUAGUGCACUCUGAUGAGGCAGCACGAAUACCCGAGAGUAGUGCUAGCACCCAGAGGUGGUGCACAGAUCUGAGGAAAUUUUGACUGAUAUAGGUGGUAGACCUCUUUGCUGGCACCUUGCUGACUCCCUUUCCUUAGCAGAGUGAAAAGGUUCCUCAGGAUGCAUGACAAAUUGUACAUGCCUACCUCCAUUGCUGAUCUGAUGCUGGUUUAAGCAGUCAUCCCAUACAGUUCUGAUCAGGGAACCACAACGUCCAAUGAAACCGUGGUUUUCACUGCGGCUCAUGCUAGUGAUUAGAACACCCUUGUAACACCAUGCCCGGGCAGACUUUUUGACUCAGAUGUCUCAGAUUUACCCCUCCCAGCCAGGUCAAUCAGGUAAAAUCUGUUCCAGAAAUGCUGUUUGCCCUGUCAGUUGUUGCUCAAUGCUUCCAGUAGGUGAGUCAGUCUCUCACUAUAUUUUGGUAGAGGAUAUUCAGAUGUUAGGCACCAUGCCUGGCAGUUAAAAGGGGUGAUUCUGUGGAAAAGUGAUUCUGUGGUCAUCCAGUAGGCACUUAGACUCUCAGACCAAUCGACCUAGUGUGAAUGUGUUUAUUGUAAAUACUACAUGACUGUCAGUGUCAUGUUUAUUAUUCAUGUACCUAUUAUAAUACAUACUAUAGUAACAUCUCAUUCACAGGGACUUUUUCAUUCACAGGGAAAGAACCGCAACAAAAUCUAAUACUAAUAAUAAACAAACUGAAUCACUAUGUUGCUAAAUGUUUGCUAAAUGGAAAAAAAUGUUUAUAACUGCUCUAAUAUAGUGAUAACAGGAAUUAACUUGUCUCACAGCAAAUAAUGUAAUUCUUGUCAUUCUUUGUGAAACGCUGUGGUGUGAGAGGAAUAAAACGCUUCAGGUUGUGCUGUUAUUUGAUUUGAUGCUUACAUGAUGUGGCCCGAUAUGAAGUGAAUAUAACAGUGCACAAUUUCAUGUUUAAUCUCCUUAUUCAACGGAGCUUAAGCUAGUAAUUUGCAUAUUGCAUUAAUGCUGAGGAGGACAUGAAGGUUAAUUAAUAAACCUUAGUGAAUUAAUUUCAUCUUUUAAAUAAUUCACCAUAUAGUUAUAUGUAGGGCUGUUUAAUCCAACAGAAAAAAAAAUCAUGUGUGAGAUUUUGGAUAAUGAGGGGGUUAAAAAGAGGUGCUGAUGACAAUACAAGAAAUGCUCGUGCUUUUUAUAGAGAUGUAUUAUGGUUUGCUGAGUAAUCAUGCCCAAAUGCGCUUAUUUCAGUCAUCUUAGUUCAUCCUUUUGUGUUAAAAGCUGUGACGUUGAUUGUGCGAACAAUAUUAUAAAGAAUAACAUUUUUUUGAAUUAUGCAAUAGGUAUCUCGUCUAUUCAAAUAAAUAU